CUGGGCUGGGGGUUUCAAGGCAGAGUGAGAAGUGGGAUCGUCAGGGCUGCCAGUCCAGGUGGCCCCAGGUCCCUGCUGGCUCCCAGGCAGAGGUGCUGAGUCCCCUUUCUGCCAGCAGGCCAUGCCUCCAAUACUUGCUCUCGUCCUGGUCCUGGUAGCCACCCGCAACUUGCUGAAAGGGAAUUUACAAGUUCAGAAGGAUGAAAUCAAAGAGAUGCUGGAGCGUGAGGAAUAUGUGCAUCAGGAGAUGACUCGGCUCCUGGAGGAGAUUGUGGGGAGCAGUGGCCCCAUGGAAAUGCUGCUGUCUUUUGCCUGGCAACAUCAGUGUCUGCUCUGGGCCAGUGCAGCAGUGCUGCUUCUGGUUCUUCUGGCUAUGGGCUGCUGGCUGGUGAGGAGAAGAAAGCGUGGCUGUGGCAGCUGCAGGGAGCUGAAGUGUUUCAAGAAAUACGUGAUGGUUGCGAGCAAGGAGCCCAGCGGAGAGGAGGACCUGUCCAGCACGAAGGGUCUGAAGGAGCUGCUGGACGAGCUCCUCGGUGUCUGCCGAGUGCUGUCCCGAAGGAAUUUCAUGCCGGAGUUGCACCUGGUCGCCGGGACGUACAGCAGCUGUGAAGUCUGCAGCGUCCAGGAGAACAGCAGCACCUACCGCCCGCUGGUCCUGCUGCGGCCACCCCCCGGCCACUCCUUCAUCCCGGAGAGCACGGAGCAUCCCUCUCCGAAAGGUGUGUCCAUGGGCCAUGAAGUCACGGGGUAUUCUUUUCAGGAUCAUCACCACCCGGGAACCGCUGGGCUGGGGCCCGGCCUCCCGCAGGCCGCACAGGCCGUGGGCCAGCAGGGCUGGCCUCAGGGGAGCUCUGCUGCCUUUGGAGGCUGGAAGCAAAGAGAAGCCACUUGUGGGGCUGGUGGAUUUUGA